AUGGCACAGGUUGAGACGAUUCCGAAGAGCACGCUGAAUGGUGUCUCCGAGAACGGCUCGAAUGGCAAUCAAAUGGAUAUUGAUGAUCAUUUAAAGAUGCAUAACGGGACACCGACGAAAGAGGGCUAUCCGCCGUCGUCGUCGUCGAACGCGGACCACGAGGAAUCGGUGCAGUGGUCGCCGGCGUCGCUGCGACGCCGAAGCACAAGAGCGAGUGCUUUAAAGGCGCAGGAGAAGAUCAAGCUGAAAGACGAUGUCGUUCAAGACGUCAAUUCGCUCAAUCAACAUCAUCACGAUGACGAUUUGAUGGAUGAUGGUGAUGAUGACGGAAACGACGAGGUGCCGACGAAAAAGAAAAAAUUGGAAAAUGGAAGAGACAUGGACCAAUUAUGCUUUCGAUUUGGGCUUCGAGCGAAUGAGGAUGGCGAUGUGUACGCGUUGACCGAUGAAAGCGAGAACUCGUCGAUUCGAGAAUCUGAAAUGGAGAUUGUACGAGCACAUUAUGAAAAGGCGUUGAGCCGGGAGAUGACGCAAGAGCAGCUGAACGAGCGACUCAUGAUGCGGAAAGAAGCCGAAUCGAAACUUCGGCAAGAGGAGGCCGGAUUGGCGCUGCUGAAAAAGAUGAAGCAGAGUCAGGCGAUUGCGUUGCAGAAGCUCGCCGAAUCGAAAAAGUUGACGGCGAAUUUGCCGAACAUGACGAACACUGGCGCUUAUAAGCCGGUGAUAGCACCGCCAUUGAGCAAGCAUCAGACGGCGGCGGCUACGGCGAUGAAUGGCAAAAAAGGUUCGAAUGCGCCGGCGACGCGCAACGCCGCCCUUCUCGCGCUCAACGGAAUGACGCCGCAACAACAGCAGGAGCUUCUCACGCGACUUGCGCAGAAUCCGGCGGCGGCCGCCCAAGCGUUGCUGUUGUCGAAAACCGGCGGCAGCAACGCGCAAGUCCAACAAAUGCUCGCCCAGCUCGUGCUCAACGCUCAACAGCAAAUGAGCAACAAGGACAAAAGCAAAGAAGCGUCGGCGAUAUCUGCGGCGGCGGCGACGACGGCGACGACACCGGCGAGCAGUCUGACGGCGGCGCAGGCGAAAUUGAUGGCGUCGCAAACGCCGCAGCAGAGGAGCUUGGCGGCGAGAAUGGCGUUUAGGGCGCAGGCGGACAAACAGUUGAUGAUGGUUUCUGCCCCGAAAGCGCCGCCUCCUGACAUGUUCUUCAUACCGAAUGCUUCUCAGCCGGCGUUUACCUAUUUGCUUGGAUUGGAUUUGGUUGUGCAGCGAGUUUUAAAGGACAAAUCGCUUGAAAAGAAAGUUUCGGAGCCGUGCUACGAAUGCGAAGAAUGCCAUACGGACUUCACGCCGACUUGGAAGGCUAUCGGAACAUCGCCGGACGAUUUGCAUUUGUACUGCGAGCAGUGUGUUCGUCAGGCGCAAAAACGAAAAAUCCGAAUGGACCACUCGAAUUUCCUCAAAAAGGCCUAUCAAAAGAUUUCGGCGCAAGAGAAGGAGUUUGAGAAGAAGAUCGCCGAAGGCACACUGGAGCAGGUGUUUGAGCAGGCUCGCCCGCCGACGGUUGCACAAGCUGCUACGCCAACAAAUCCGGCUGUUUCGCGUGUGGCCGCUGCUUCGACGUCGUCGGGCAGCAGCACGCCGACGGCAUCGAAAUCGACGAACGCUUCCAGCUCGAAAUCGGCGUCGAGCAGCAGCAGCUCCAACUCGAAAAAGAACGCGGCAGCCGCCCAACAACAGAUGCAGGCGUUCUUCAUGCAGCAAAUGAUGGCGAAUCCGAUGACGGCGUCGAUGAUGCGAAAUCCGGCGAUGCUUCAGCAAAUGAGCUCGUCGACACCGUCGACGUCGUCAUCGACGGCAGCGGCGGCGGCAGCGGCCACGUCGGCUAGCGCUUUGCAACAGCAACAAUUGGCGGCUUUGGCAGCGGCAAUAAUGCAAAACGGCAGCGCGGCGGCGGCUGCCGGCGUCACCACGCAGAUGAUGACGCCGCAAAUCGCGAGGGCCUUCAGCCAGAUGACGAGCGCCCAACAGAAGCAGUUCAUUGAGAUGAUGCGACAUAAGAAAUGA